AAAUUACAUUUUCCGUCUUGAAUAUGUUAUUGGUUUCGUUCGAUCCGUUGGCUUCAAGUUACAAUUAUCGAUUGAUCAAUAUCAAUUGCGGUUCGAAGAAAUACUAAAGAUGUAUGCUUAAUUAUCAUUCUUCGAUUCGGUAUCCAUCGAUGUUUGGUUCAUUGUUAUCAAUUCUAUAUUUGUGUGUCUUGCAUAAAAUCGAUCGAUGCUAUGCCGGCUUGAAAGAUGUCUUUCCGAUUUGUUUAUUUGCUAGAAAUUUGUCACGCUGACCGGUCGUGCUGAUUUAUUAUAAUACUUGCUUGAAUUAUGGGUAGAUUUAUUUGUUCACUGGAUUGCGACCAGUUGUUAAGCUGUUGAGAUUGUGCCUUUUGGUAAAAUACGCGUUGCUGUUUCCUGUUUAUGCAUGUGCGCUUUCUCUGUUCAAAAUGAUACGGUACAAUGUACUCGUGUUGUGAACUGUUUAUCAAUUAUGCUACACAUGAAUGAAAGCAAUUAUCAGACAGCGAACAUUUCUCACAUUGCCCAUGGUCAAUCAAAAACUGUGUUUGGCUGUCCCUUUUGAAUUAAUGGCGGGUAUAUAAAGUUUUACAUUUAGCUGCCAGUGUCAUUGUUACAGUUACACCAGUGUUAUCAACAUGUUCAAGAUCAACCUUCUAUUUGCGUUUACUCUGUGCUGUACCAUUGUUGUUAUACAAUGUGCUCCAACUACCGAUACAUCUAGUGCUGUUCAAGGUUUCGCUUUUGAAAUGAUCAUGACGAAGCUGCAACUUCUAGAAGAUCGUUCGACUGAGAAAGAAGAACAAAUGAUAAAAAGAUCCUGCGCCGACGUUCCCUCUUCCGGUAUAUACAACAUUCAACCGGAAAAGCCCUUCAAGGAACCGAUGAGCGUACUGUGCGAUCAAGAAUAUGAUUCUGGUGGUUGGAUUGUGAUUCAACGUCGCUUCGACGAAUCGACGAACUUCUUUCGCAAUUGGAAAGAAUACAAAAAUGGGUUUGGAAAAUUGGAUGCUGAGUUUUGGUUGGGUUUGGACCGUAUUUAUCAGUUGACCGUAUCACGACCACAUGAGGUGGUAUUCCUACUGGAAGAUUUCAAAGGCAACAAGACGUUCGCCAAAUACGAUCUCUUCGAGAUUGGAGACGAGAACCAAAAGUAUGUAAUCACAGAACUAGGUGGCUAUUCCGGAACGGCUGGCGAUUCUGUCAAUGUUCAUAAGGGCGUGAAAUUUUCCACAUUCGACGCGGAUAAUGAUGUGGUCGACAAAAAUUGUGCAAUGACAGAAACUGGCGCGUGGUGGUACCGUGAAUGUUAUCCCAGCAAUCUCAAUGCAAAAUAUCUCCAUGGUGUCGGUGGAUAUAGGUCUGGAUUAUUGUUCAUGUUUCGAGCGCAUAACUAUCCAAAAUCUACAAAAAUAAUGAUAAGAACAAAGAAUCAUUAGGUAAUCGUUUUUGAAUGAUCCAAACGAUGUAAAGAAAGAAAACGUAAUAAACUACACAAAAAGUAUGUUUAAACUACUGAUGGCCGAAAACCUCGGGUUGGAGAUUAACGAGGCAGAAACCAAAUUUAUGGUUGCAAUAGUAGCGUCGUUGAUAAACACGUCGUGGCUUAAGCAGAAGUGACAUACAGAUGAUGGUAACACGGUGAGCACCGGCAACGACAUUGAUGUUCAGAUCAAUGCUAUCGGCCAAGUAUGAGGAAACUUUUGCACUCGAAAUCAAAAAAGAAAGAUUUUAGAUUUUAAAAAUGUUAAUUUUAAUUUUAGUUAACAAAGGCUCGGUUAAAGAGCAACACAACGCAUCUAAUGGCUGUGGACAAACUCCAGGUUGUACAAUUCCUAAACGUGAUUCCUACCCACGAGUUGAAAAGUCUAUUUUCAUUUAUGUACUAGUUUUGCUACAGUCCAUUACAGUCUGGUAUUCGUCGAUCAAAACUUCCAUUGAAGCAUGAUCCCUUUAUCAGAUGAGCAGUCAGGGUAAGUAAUCGCCAUGCAUGAAUGUAAUGUAUUUUUAGAUUUUAUACGUAUGCUAAACGAUGAAUUAUAGUGCUCCAGGAAAGAGAGAUUGUUCCAACGCUCCGUUGAUUUGAAGCGUUUCUCAGUACAAGUUAUUAAUAUUAAUUCGGUAUCAGAUAUUCAUUUUCGUCAAAGUAACAACUUAUCAGCAGUACAACUCUUGUAACACGGUUGAUAGUUGCCAUACUUUCUCCAGAUAAAGCAGCAUAAUGAACUUGUAUACUCAAUGUCCUCGCACACUGAGGCCUUUUGAUAUAAAUAAAAGGAAUUAUCAGACAGUGAACAUUUCUCACAUUACCCAUGGUCAAUCAAAAGAUAAGUUUGAUAUUUUCUUUGAACUGCUGACGGAUAUAUAAAGUUCUACAUGCAGCUGCCAGUGUUAUUGUUGCAGUUUUGCUAGUGAUAUCAACAUGUUUGAGAUCAGACUUCCUUUUAUAUUAACUCUGUGUAAUACCAUCGCUGGUAUGCAAUGUGCUCUAACUGCCGAUACAUCUAGUGCUGUUCAAGGUGGUUUCGCUUUCGAAAUGAUCAUGAAUAAACUUCAAAUUCUAGAAGAUCGUAGCAUUCGAAAUGAAGAACCCAUGGUCAAAAGGUCCUGCAAUGGUGUUCCCUUUUCCGGCAUUUACAACAUUCAACCCGUGAAAACCUUCAAGGAACCGAUAAGAGUAGUUUGUGAACAAGAUAUUGAAUGGGGCGGAUGGAUUGUAAUUCAAUAUCGCUUUAACGGAUCGACGAAUUUCGAACGUAGUUGGCAAGAUUACAAGAAUGGGUUUGGAAAUCUGGACGGUGAGUUCUGGUUGGGUCUGGAUCGAAUUCAUCGUUUGACAGCUUCACGACCACAUGAGCUUGUAAUGCUACUGGAAGAUUUCGAUGGCAACAGGACGUACGCCAAAUACGAUCAGUUCGAGAUUGGAAACGAGAAGGAAAAGUAUGUAUUGAAGAAGCUAGGUAAUUAUUCGGGAACGGCUGGCGAUUCUUUCAGUCGCUCGAAGGGUAUGAAAUUUUCCACAUUCGAUUCGGAUAAUGACAUAUGGGUAAACAACUGUGCAGCAACAUAUUCUGGCGGCUGGUGGUUCCGUAAUUGCCAUUUUAGCCAUCUUAAUGGAAAAUACCUUCGAGGAAGCACAGAAGUACUUUCAACUGGAAUGGUAUGGAGCAGCUUUAAAGGGCAGCAAUAUUCCCUAAAAACUACAAAAAUUAUGAUAAAACGUAGUAGGAGUUUAAAUUAUUGGUGAACAAAUAUAUGUCAACAUAUGAAAGAUCGCAAUUGGACGCUCAAAAUGUUCAGAGGCGGAUCGCUCCUAGGAGCGGACUAUGCGGGGCUGAGAAGGUCCCGGAUUUAGAAAGAGCUCUGUAAACCGAUAUUAUUAAUAAGUAGCAAAAUCAUAUUGUUA